CUGAGGUGAGUGACGUCACUGUCUAUGGGGGAGGGGAGACAGUCGAAAGUACAGCGUUCCUGGACAGACGAGUCAUUUGAGAGGACUAAUCGACUUGUGUGAUAUUUGGGUGGAAAUACCGGAGAGCUUCUUCCUGCGUGUGAGACCAUGGAGAGGCCGACUCUCUCAGCGGCGCUGCUGUUGUGCUACCUGUUUCACACAGAAGUGCUUGCCGUCCAGGUAUCGGUUCCACAGACAGAACGGAGCACCACUCUGUUUGCCUCAAUCAUCUUACGCUGCGACUACUCUACUUCAGUCAGCCCGCAAGACGUGCUGGUUACAUGGCGCUACAAGUCCUUCUGCUUGGACCCUGUGUUGCAGUAUUACUCAGCAGCAUACCAGGCGGGUCUGAGUAUGGGACAAGACCCAGCCAAUGACUGUCCUGACCGCCAACGCACCAUCCGCACAGUUAUCCAGAAGAGAGGCACCAAUGAGCCCAUACUGGGGCCAGAAUACCGUGAACGCAAGAUCACCAUCCAAAACAAAGCUGAUCUGGUCAUCACUGAGGUCAUGUGGUGGGAUAAUGGUGUGUAUUUCUGCUCCAUCGAUGCACCGGGAGACACCAGCGGAGACUCUGAUCGCGAAAUCAAACUUAUUGUGUACAAUUGGCUGACUGUGCUGUUGAUCAUACUCGGGGCAUUGCUUCUGAUCAUACUUCUCUGUAUCUGCUGCUGUCAAUGCUGCCCUCAGAACUGCUGCUGCUAUGUUCGCUGCCCAUGCUGUCCAAACACAUGCUGCUGCCCAGAGAAAGUGGUGAUGCAACACAGGAUGAUGCGUGAUGCCAAGAAAGCCCUAGCUCCCUGGAUGCAUGGCCAACCUAUUUAUGCCCCUAUUGGUUCUAAUGGAUCAUCUCAGGCAAACCCUCUUCUCUACUCAGGUUCCUUCUCAGAGCAUUCUUCUAAACACAACAUACCAAUGGCAGCAAUGUACCAACCCGUGCAACCUGGCCCGCAUAUGGUAGGUCUGCAUGGUUUCCAAUCCAAUGGGAGUGUGCAUGGUAGUGUCCAUAGCAACAGUCAGAUGCUAAACUUCCUGGAGAGUCAGAUGAGGGGGAUGGAUGUGGGAGCCCCAGUUCACCAGCAUCCGACUCAGUAUGUGGCAAACCAUCUUCAGGCCCUGCCUCCUCAGCAAGUAGCCAUUGAACCCCAGCCUGUGCAGAAUGUACAGCCCAUGCAGCCAUUAACACAAGCUGUGCAUUUCUCCCCCGGACCUCCUAGUAUGCUUUCAGCUUUGGAUGAAUUGGGUGUGCACGGUGUAGAGCGCAGGGUCAUCCAGUUGCCCCCCAUUGUGGGCCGCGCACCAGGCCUGACCUCUAACAAGGGCUCAAGGGAAAACCGCGGGGCACCCAAACUCUCCAGUCAAUCAAGCGGCAGCUCAAACCGCACAGGUCAUAACCGUGAUGAUUCUCGGUAUCCUGGGUCAUCGCGGCGUGGGAUCCGGCGCAGCUACAGUGAUGAGUCUGACCGGAACGACAGGCGGUCGGGCCGAGGUUCACGAGAACACAGGGGAGAUCGAGGCACACAGAGGUCUCACCCACGUGUUCGCAGCAAAGCCGAGCUAAUAAAGGAACUGCAGUUUGCAACUCCUCAACGAGACAGGAGCUACUCUCCCACGCCUCAGCAUGACUUCUGGAGCUCAGAGGACGAGGACCACGGUCACAGAGGGAUGUCAAGAUCCCGUGACAGAGCUUGGCCUGAGAAACCACCUAGUUACUCAUCCAUUGAAAUCCAACCUGGCCAUAGCAAGAGGACCAGUGAACACAACUCGGACAAGAGCUCUCGCAGUGCUGUCAGCGUUGUCAUCUGAAGCCUCUCUGUGCUUUGUACUGUAUUUUCACAGUGAGUGCCUAAGUUAGAAUGAUUGUUUCUGUAAUAGAGAGUGUUGUGAGUAUCAUUCUGAUCGUAGACAGCAAGAACAGAAUACAAGAAUAGAAUACGUGAAUAGAGUACAAGAACAGAAUAUAAGAAUAGAAUGAAUUCAUGUAAUUUUAAGGUUCAUAUCCUGUUUUUAUAUGGCUCAUUUUAUGCUCUGUAUUUUCACAUUUUGUUUAGUUUUCACACUACAAUAGGCUGCACUUCAGCUAGAGUGCUGAACUUUAAACAUUUUUUUUUACUAAAUAAUUGUCUUUUUAUAAGCUGAUUUUUAUUUUUUUAUUUUAGAAUGUCUGUAUUAUUAUUUGAAUCCUUUUUUUUGUUAUGCAGCAGGUUUGGUCUCAUUCUUGGUGCUGUUUGUUUAUGUACAAAAUGAAGGAAAUCUUGUUACACACAGUUUGUUAUAAUAAUCUUACUCUGUGAGAAGCCUCAUGGUUCUACAUGCUCUAUAUCCUUAUCCUUCCAGAAAACUAGACCAGUUUUUUUUUUUAUGUUUUCUAAUAUUAAGUUAUCUUGUUUUAUGUAAAGGCAUUUUUAUUUAAAUGCAUUUUCCGUCCUUAUUUGGGAUUUUAAAAAAAGACACUCUGAGCUGAGCAUGUAGGAGUUCAUAAGAGCUGGUGUGUGAAUGUUGGAUUUGAGGCUUAUUUUGGGUGUUGAGAGAGUGAGAGUGACUUCAUUGUCCUCCCAAAAGCUUUAUGACUGGACUAAAAUUUGGAUUUUGUCUAAUCAAAAUAAGGUAGUAAAUGAUUUAGGCCUGCAGUAGCUAAUUAUUAACAAAAUCACGAAUAUUUAACCGGUAAUUUAACCUUGAUCAGUUGGAUGGUACAGAGCUAGAAAUAGUUAAUUGAGGGAUAUACCACUAAUGUUAGUGGUGCCAACAAGUAUAACAAACAAUAGUUUAUAUAUAGUAUAAAUCUAUUUUGUUUACUUCUGAAAAGUGAACGUGUUCAGAUAAGAGGUAGUAGAAUCCCUUUCAAUAUUUUUUUUCUUCAGAAACUGAUGAUAAUUCCAUUUAUAUAGUGCUUUUCUAGGCACUCAAAGCGCUUUAUAUAGUAUUGGGGGGGACAUGAUUAGGGGGCCAUGAUAGAGAAGGGCCAGUGGGGGAAUUUCACCAGUGGUUAUACCUCUACUGUUACUGUUUACUGUGUCCUGGGAUUUUUACCGACCACAGAGAGUCAAGACCUCGGUUUAACGUCUCAUCUGAAAGACUGGUCCAGCAAACUGAACUAUGCGUUAAUGGUUUAAAAUUGAACUAAUUGUGUACUUAUUUUGUUUUGCACAGCAAAACAAGAUGAACAUGAAAUAUGAGAGUUCUGUAUUUUUCUUUUUUGUUUGUUUGUUUGUUUGUUUUUUUUUGUCUAUGAAGAUGUUUUCCAUCAUUAUGACAGUGUCUGUAAUUGCAGAUAGACAAAUAAAUAAUUUUCAAAUAA